AUGUACACGUGCUGUGCUCUGGAGAAACAGAGUACAGGGGGACAUACAGCCUUAACAGAAGGAAGCCUCUCAGGAGAUUCGGUUCCCCAGGGAGAGAAGAAAUCAGCAUCCACACUCUGGUCCUGUCUCAUCAAGGUGGCCUUGGAGAAAAGCCUGGCAGCUGUGGAGACCCAGAAUGUAUGUCUUCCUCUUCCUUCCUCAGCAGGAGGGGACAAUAACAGAGGUCUUCUGGAGGAAAUGCUCCACCUGAGGGCAGAGAUCCACCAACACUUAGAGGAGAAGAGGAGAGCUGAGGGGGAACUGAAAGAGCAACUGAAAGAGCUAAAGGCUCAAAUUGAGGAAGCAGGAUUCUCCUCUGUGGCCCACAUCAGGAACACCAUGCUGAGCCUUUGCCUUGAGAAUGCAGAGCUGAAAGAGCAGAUGGGAGAAGCAAUGUCUGACGGAUGGGAGAUCGAGGAAGACAAGGAGAAGGGCGAGGUGGCAGUGGAAACUGUGGUAGCCAGAGGGGGUCUGAAUGAGAAUGGCCUUCAGGCUGAAUUCAGAAAGCUCCAGGAAAAACUGAAGAAUGCCCACAACAUUAUCAGCCUCAAAGAACAGCUCGUGCUGAGCAGCAAGGAUGGGAAUAGCAAGCUUAUCCCAGAGCUCCUUGCUCGCCUGGUCCGGGCGAUCCACAGAAUGAACACAGAGCUGGUCUGUUCUCCUGAGAAGCCCCGAUGCCAGGAAGAGGAGCACUUGACCAUAACACUCUGCCCCAGACCCCAGAGUCUUGACCUUGGGGCUGCCCUCGCCGUGGACAGCCACCAACUGGAUAACCGGCCCCAGGCCCAAGACCCUGGGACUCCAUCAGAAUUUAGCCUUCCUGGAUCCACCAAGCACCUGCGCUCCCAGCUGGCCCAGUGCAGACAAUGCUACCAGGACCUCCAGGAAAAGCUGCUGAUAUCAGAAGCCACGGUCUUUGCCCAGGCCAACCAGUUGGAGAAAUACAGAGUCAUGCUUAGUGAAUCCUUGGUGAAGCAGGACAGCAAGCAGGUGCAGGUGGACCUCCAGGAUCUGGGCUAUGAGACCUGCGGCCGAAAUGAGAAUGAAGCUGAACGGGAGGAGAGCACCAGUCCCGAGUGUGAGGAACACGACAGCCUCAGGGGAACAGCCCUGACGGAGGGGCGCCUGGGCUCCUCAGCGGCUAGCCCCCCAGGGAAGAAGCCCUUGGAGAGCUCUCGAGGGAAGCAGGAGGAGUUCUGUGCAUACGGAAAGUCGGAAGACAUCUCUCUCCUGCAGAAGGACAUCAGAGACCUGAAGGCCCAGCUGCAGAAUGCCAACAAGAUCAUCCAGAACCUCAAGAGCUGGGUCUGGUCUCUCUCAGUUACUAGUGAUUAUUCAUCUAGUCUGGAGAGACCGCAAAAGCUGAAGGCCGUUGACACCCUCGAGGGAUCUUCACCUCACAGUGUCACUGAUGAGGAUGAGGGGUGGCUGUCUGAUGGCCCUGGGGCUUUCUAUCCCCCAGAGCUUCAGGCUAAAAAGGAUCUGGAGAGUCUGAUCAGAGUGUCCCAGCUAGAGGCCCAGCUCCCGAAAACUGGAGUGGAAGGGAAGCUGGCAGAGGAACCGAGAUCAGCCUCCUGGCCUGGGAAAUAUGAUUCCCUGAUUCAGGAUCAGGCCCGAGAGCUGUCGUACCUAUGCCAGAAGAUACGAGAAGGGAGAGGCAUCUGUUACCUUCUCACCCAGCAUGCAAAAGAUACAGUAAAAUCUUUUGAGGACCUUCUUAGGAGCAAUGACAUUGACUACUACCUGGGGCAGAGCUUCUGAGAGCAACUUGCCCAGGGAAGCGAGCUGACAGAGAGGCUUACCAGCAAACUCAGCACCAAGGAUCAUAAAAGGGAGAAAGAUCAAGCUGGACUUGAACCGCUGGCCCUCAGGCUCAGCAGAGAAUUGCAGGAGGAGAAAGUGAUCGAGGUCUUGCAGGCCAAGCUGGACGCUCGGUCCCUCACACCCUCCAGCAGCCACACCUUGUCAGACUCCCAGUGCUCUCCCAGAAGCUCCUCCUUCCUGUCUGAUGAGCUGGAAGCCUGCUCUGACAUGGAUGUAGCCAGCGAGUAUACACACUACGAAGAGAAGGCUCUGCAUGGUCACUCAGAUUCCAUCCAUCAUUCGAGUCAUUCUGCUGUACUCUCUUCUAAGCCAUCAGCAACCAGUGCGCCUCGGGGGGCUAAGGCCGAACCCAGCAGCAACCCCAUCAGCUUGCCAGCUCCCCAGAACCCCCCCCCCCAGGAGGCCAGCCAGGCCCAUCCAGGUGUCAACACCGUCCAUCCUGCUUCCCCAGCUCCACUGCCAAGCAACCAUUUAGAAGCCAGCUCUUCUCACUAUCUCAACCCCGCCCAGCCCCACUCUCCUCUGAGGGGCGGCCCGGAACUGGGCAGAAUCCUGGAGCCCGGCUACCUGGGCAGCGGCAGCCAGUGGGAUAUGAUGAGGCCUCAGAAAGGGAGUGUAUCAGGCGACCUGUCCUCAGGAUCCUCUGUAUGUCAGCUUAACUCGAAACCCACAGGGGCUGACCUGCUGGGGGAACAUCUCGGAGAGAUCCGGAACCUGCGCCAGCGCCUGGAGGAGUCCAUCUGCAUCAACGACCGGCUGCCGGAGCAGCUUGAACACCGGCUCAGCUGUGCAGCCCGUGGGAGCGGAUCUACCUCCAAUUUCUACAGCCCUGGCCUAGAACCCACACCUCAGCUCUACAAUGAGAACAGAGUCCUUAAGGAAGAAAACCGGAGCCUUCAGGCUCAGCUGAGUCAUGUUUCUAGAGAGCGCUCCCAGGAGACAGAACGCCUGAGGGAGGCCCUGCUGUCCUCGAGAUCCUGGCUUCAAGAGCUGGAGAUGGAGCUGGAGCGCCAAAAGGGGGAAUGGCAGCAGCUUCUGGAAGACUUGAAGGAGAAGCAACAGGAGAUCUUGAAUUUCCAGGAGGAACGCCUGUCCCUCCAGGAGAAAGACUCCAGGCUGCAGCACAAGCUCACCCUCCUGCAGCAGCAGUGUGAGGAGAAACAGCAGCUCUUCCAGUCCCUCCAGUCGGAGCUACAGAUCUACAAGGUGCUUUAUGGCAAUUCCAAGAAAGGGCUGAAAGCUCCCACCUGGGAUGCCUGCCUCCAGGUCCCUUUGAGCAGUGAGCUGAGCCACCUGGUGGCAGAGAUCCGAGCUUUGCGAGGGCAGCUGGAGCAAAGCAUCCAGGUGAACAGCUGUCUGCGAUUGCAGCUGGAGCAGCAGUUGGAUGGCGGGGGGAGCAAAGCCAGCCUCAGCCCCUCCUCCGCCCACCAGGAGGACCCUGGAAACAAGCAACUGCUCCUCCAAGACUCCAUUGCUUCCCCUCCAGUCCGAGAUGUUGGCAUGAAUUCUCCAGCGCUCACAUUCCCUAGCCUUUCUGCUGCUGCUCCUGGCUCAGAGACCACCAUUUUCAAGAGGACAAAGCUGGAUUUGGAUGCUUCUCCAGUGAUGAAGAAUCCCAAGCUGGAGGGCGAAGCUACUGAUGGCUCCUUUGCCAAUAAGCAUGGCCGCCAUGUCAUUGGCCACAUUGAUGACUACAGUGCCCUAAGACAGUGGAUAGGGGAGGGCAAACUGCUGGUCAAAAAGAUAGCAGAUCUUGUGAGAUCAGCCUGCACCUUCCCUGGCCUUGAAACUCAGGGCACAGAGGUGCUUGACAGCAAAGGCAUCCAUGAACUUAGGAGCAGCACCCAGGCCCUGCAGCACAUGCUGGACGAGUCGGCCUCCCUCCUCACCAUGUUCUGGCAAGCGGCCCUGCCCAGGUCCCCCAGCCCUGUCUUGUCUGACAGCACAGGACAGUCCCUGCAAAGGGAACUUCUGGAACUGAGAACCAGAUUGUCCAAACGGGAGAGUGUCCUUCAGAGCACAGCGGAGCGUCUGAAGACUGCCAACCAGCAGAAGGAGAGCAUGGAGCAGUUUAUCUUCAGUCAGUUGACCAGGACACAUGAUGUUUUGAAGAAGGCAAGGACUAAUUUGGAGGCCAAGUCAGGAGUCCAAGGAAAGCAAAAGAACACAUACAAGAUGGCCUCUGUAAAGCCUUAUUCCUGUCCCAGCAAAGGAGCCACUGAAGAAAAGGAGCCACUGGAGGUCCUUCAAACAGCAGGAAGACUGGGCCUGUCCCCCUUUGGUGCAGAUCCCAAUCUGCUGAGGAGACCUGAAGCCCAGUCCUUCACACCUGCCAGAGGGUCCCAUCCUCUUCCCGGUGGAGGAGGUAGAAGGGAAGACAGCCUCUCCUGUGGCUGA